CAAAACAUACAGAGGAAGAAACUGCACUCACAAGCUUCCCCAACCCAAUUUGCUCUUUCAAUCUCACUAUUCUUCUUCUCCUUCUCCUUCUUCAUCUUCUUUAACCAACACCAACUUCUCUGGGAUCUGAUUGGUUCAAUCAUAAUUGCGUUUGAUUCAGAAUUCGGUACAUUUUUUUCUCUUCCGAGUUGUUUUGCUUUUGAUGAACCCAUUCCUCCGUUAUUGGGGUAGGAGUGUGAGCUAUUGUUUCAAUGCUUGUUGGGAUAGUGAGGAUUCAUGGUAACAUAUGUAGCAGUAGAACCUUCCAUGUGAUAACUGGCUUUGGGUUUUGCUGCUGUUGGGAUUUCGUGCUGGCAGAAUUUACAAUUUAGGGAGUGUUUUGAAUCAGUUUAAGGGUUUGGACAUGAGAAGCUCCUGGUUCAAUAAAUUGUUCAUAAAAAUUGGCUCUAGACAACCAGUGAGCAGGCUAAUCCUGUGCCUGAUCAUUCUGCUCGCGCUGAUUGCCAUUUUCGGUUCAUCUUCUGUGGGCAUUAUUGAUCCAGCGGCUCACGUUCCUGCAUCUCUCAUUUAUACUAACUAUAGGAGGAUUAAAGAACAAGCAGCGGUUGAUUAUUUGGAGUUAAGAUCUGUUUUAGUAAGUGCUGCUGGGAAUAGAGAACUCAACCUUUGCAGCAAGGAAAGUGAGAAUUUUGUCCCUUGCUAUAAUGUAUCGGCCAAUUUGUUAGCGGGGUUUAAAGAAGGUGAGGAGUUUGACAGGCAUUGUGAACUUUUGGUUGGCAGUGAGAAGUGUUUGGUUCGUCCUCCUAAGGAAUAUAAGAUUCCCUUGCAAUGGCCAGCCAGUAGGGAUAUUAUAUGGAGUGGAAAUGUGAAGAUAACCAAAGACCAAUUUCUUUCAUCUGGAAGUAUGACUAAAAGGUUAAUGCUACUAGAGGAGAAUCAAAUUGCUUUUCGCUCCGAGGAUGGACUUAUCUAUGAUGGGGUAAAAGAUUACUCCCGCCAACUUGCAGAGCUGAUAGGGUUGGGAAGUGACAAAGAGUUUCCUCAAGCUGGUGUACGCACCAUACUAGACAUUAAUUGUGGGUUUGGUAGCUUGGGAGCUCAUUUCUCAUCACUCAACUUAAUGGCAAUGUGUGUUUCGGGGUAUGAAGUGACUGGCAGUCAGGUACAGUUGGCUCUUGAGCGAGGCCUUCCUGCUGUGAUUGGGAACUUUGUUGCAAGACAGCUUCCGUAUCCGUUGUUUUCGUAUGACAUGGUUCACUGUGCUCAAUGUGACAUCAUUUGGGAUGAAAAAGAUGGGAUGUCCCUUAUAGAAGUUGACCGUGUUCUUAGACCUGGUGGAUACUUUGUUUUAACCUCACCUAAUAGCCGGCCACAAGGAAGUUCAUCACGGGAGAAAAAGAGAAACAUGUUAACAACAAUGGGAGACCUGACCCAGCAACUUUGUUGGAUUCUUCUAGCUCAGCAGGAUGAGACAUUCAUCUGGCAGAAGACUGCUGAUGUUCAUUGCUAUGCAUCUCGCAAGAAGCAUGCUAUUCCGCUAUGUAAAGAAGAUGAUAAUGAUCAGUCAUAUUAUCGGCCUCUUGUACGAUGCAUAAGUGGUACCUCUAGCAAGCGUUGGAUUGCAAUACAGAAUAGAACAUUGGAAUUGAGUUCAGAUGAGCUUAACAUCCAUGGAGUCGAGCCUGAAGAAUUUUCCGAAGACUUACAAUUCUGGAGAUCAGCUACCAACGAUUAUUGGUCUUUGCUUACACCUCUAAUUUUCUCUGACCAUCCAAAGAGACCAGGAGAUGAAGAUCCAUUGCCACCAUUUAACAUGAUACGCAAUGUAAUGGACAUGAAUGCUAAUUAUGGUGGUUUGAACAAAGCCCUUAUGGAGGAGAAAAAAGCAGUUUGGGUCAUGAAUGUAGUUCCUACUGGGGCUUCUAAUACACUUCCUCUUAUAAUAGAUAGAGGUUUCCCUGGUGUAAAGCAUGAUUGGUGUGAACCAUUCCCAACCUACCCCCGGACAUAUGAUCUGCUUCAUGCGAAUGGACUGCUCUCUCAUCUUUCUUCAGAGAGGUGCACCAUGAUAGACCUGUUCUUGGAGAUGGAUAGAAUACUGCGUCCAGAGGGAUGGAUUAUUCUUACUGAUAAACUUGGAGCUAUUGAGAUGGCUCGUUCACUUGCAUCACAAGUACGUUGGGAGGCGAGGUUAAUUGACCUUCAGAAUGGCAGCGACCAGAGGCUACUUGUUUGCCAGAAACCAUUUCUGAAAAAAUGAUUGAGUUGACACCAAUAUGUUUCAAUUUGGUGGAUGAACAUUGUUUUCUAGGCUCUGAGAAUGCAUUGUUUUGUUGGCACAGCUUGAUUGUAUAUACUGCCGAGAGUCCUGACAAAUUGAAGCUGUAGAUUUUGAAGGUUCCGUUGAAGUAGCGCAUAUUCUUUUUUCAUUUUUUAUACUUCUUUUUUUUUUUCCUUUUGAUUAAAGGUGUUUGUAGUAAUUCAUUCGUUUAAUUUGUUAGCAAUUUUUUGUUUCUUUUUCCUGCAUCAUGCCGUUUACUCUUAUACCUAUCACUAAUCAUAAAAUCCUUCUGUCGAAUAGACUCUAAUUUUUGAGGAAGAAUGUGAAGUGCCACGAAAUUCAGAGAAUGAAAUUGAUUGUAGCAGU